AUGGAGACAGAGAGGAGAUGCAGCCCGGGGCUCCUCGCAGCAACUCUACUCCUGUCCUUGCUCUGGCCAGGUGCCUCAGCUCUUAAAUGCUAUAGCUGCAUUCAGAAAGCCGAUGAAGGGUGCUCCCCAGAGAAGAUGAAGGUGGUGACGUGCCCUGCUGACCUAGGGGUCUGCACAGAGACUGUGGGGGCCGUGGAGACCAUUCACGGGCAGUUCUCUUUGGCCAUCCGAGGCUGUGGAUCAGGCCUUGCAGGAAAGAAUGACAGAGGGCUGGACCUGCAUGGGGUCCUGGCCUUCCUCCAGCUGCAGCAGUGCGAUAAGGACCUGUGUAACACCCAGCUCAACCUUACCUCACACCCCCUAAACCCCAGUGGGAAUGAGAGUGCCCACGAGCCCAAUGGCGUCCAGUGCUACAGUUGUGUGGGGCUGAGCCGGGAGGCCUGUGAAGGCACAAAGCCCCCUCUGGCCCAAUGCUACAACGCGGGCGACCGGGUACACAAGGGUUGCUUUGAUGGGAACGUCACCCUGACCGCAGCCAAUGUGACGGUGUCGAUGCCUGUGCGAGGCUGUGUCCAGGAUGAGGGGUGCACCAGAGAUGGAGUGACCGGCCCAGGCUUCUCCCUCAGCGGCUCCUGCUGCUCUGGGUCCCACUGCAACGCUGACCUCCGGAACAAGACCUACUUUGCCCCUGGUAUCCCACCUCUGGUGGUGCUGCCCGUGCCACAGCCCACAGCUACCUCCCGCCCAAACUCGACAGCAACGAAGACUCCUGCAUCCACCCGGGUUCCAACUACUAGACCCUCAGCCUCCUCAAGCCUGGCCCCAACCACCACCCUUCAGGCCCCAACCAGGGAGUCAGCUUCUCAUGCUGAGAAACCUGUGGAGACCAUUAGAGAGGAGGAAGAGGCCAGUGGAGGGGCCAUUGGUCAUAGCGAUCGAAGCAAUAUGGGGCAGCUCCCCCCUAAGGGUGGUCCCCAACACCCAACUAACAGGAGUAGCAGGGCCCUGGGCCUUCCAUUGGCAUUGCUCCUGGUAGCUACUGUUGCCAGGACGCUCCUGUGA